AUAGCAUUAUAAAUGUUCCGUGUUUGGGCAUGGUUGAUGUCACCUAAUGCAAGUAGAACUACAAUUUCUAAACGCUUUUCUUCACUCAUUACAUAGCUACACUUGUCCCACACUGAACACUGCCAUUUAAGGCAGCCAGGGACAGGUGAAGUAAUUAAUCUGGUCCAACAUUUUGGUGGUAUAUUCCUAUUCACCCUAUUUAUUUCAGUCACCCAAUUCACCUUAUAAAUUUCCAAGCUCACUUGGUCUUCUUUCCAUGUAAACAAGAGUUAUUUUUUGGCUUCUUCUCCUGAACAGAAUAUCCAUCAAUUAAUGGAGUUCAAUCUAUUACACAUCCUUGCUUUGCUCACUCUUACUCUUGUGGCAAGUCAUGCUGCUCUACCUCCUGAACUUUACUGGAAUUCCAUGUUGCCGACUACUCCCAUGCCAAAAGUUGUCAAAGAUCUUCUGCACCCAGUCUUCAUGGAACACAAAAACACCGAUGUUAGCAUAGGAAAGGGAAGUGUAAAUGUUAAUGCAGGAAAGCCUGGGGCGACUUCUGUCAAUGUUGGAAAUGGCAGAGUAAAUGUCAAUACAGGCAAAGGAAAACCAGGCAGUGGCACCAAUGUGAAUGUUGGAGGCAAGGGAGUUGGAGUUAGCACUGCUGGGGGAACCAACGUUGGAGUUGGCAAGGGAGGGGUUUCCGUAAACACAGGGUACAAGGGGAAGCCUGUCCAUGUUGGAGUAGGUUCAGGAAGUCCAUUUGACUACUUAUAUGCUGCCACCGAGAAUCAACUUCAUGACCCAAGUGUAACUCUAUUUUUCUUGGAAAAGGACAUUAACCCUGGAAAAACAAUGAACUUGCAUUUCACUGAAACUUCAAAUUCAGCAACAUUCUUGCCACGCCAGGUUGCAAAAUCAAUUCCAUUUUCAUCUGGCAAGUUUCCAGAAAUCUUGAACCAUUUUUCCCUCAAGCCUGGAUCAGUGGCAGCUGAUAUGAUAAAAACAACCAUCAAAGAAUGCGAGGAAAGUGGGAUCAAAGGAGAGGAAAAAUAUUGUGCAACUUCAUUAGAAUCAAUGGUAGAUUUCUGCAUUUCAAAGCUUGGCAAAAAUGUCCAGGCAAUUUCCACAGAGGUAGAAAAACAAACCCCGAUGCAGAAGUACACAAUUGCUGCAGGAAUAAAGAUGAGAAAAGUCGAUAAAUCUGUAGCAUGUCACAAGCAGAAGUAUCCAUAUGCAGUGUUCUUCUGCCACGCAACACAAACCACGAGUUCUUACAUAGUUCCCUUGGAGGGUGCCGAUGGGACAAAAGCAAAAGCGGUAGCAGUCUGCCACGAGGAUACAUCAGCAUGGAACCCAAAGCAUUUGGCUUUUCAAGUGCUCAAAGUGAAGCCAGGAACUAUUCCAAUCUGUCAUUUCCUUCCCGAGGAUCAUAUUCUCUGGGUUCCCAAGUAGAAACCUUCAUAAUCCACUCAGACGCCCAUAGUUCAACCAAGUCAAUCAAUAUGGUUUUACCUGGAACAGCUCAACCUUUCAGUUUUAGAAUAAUGCACUCGAACCUAAUCUACGUUCAGUUAUGCCUAUACUUGUAAUGUUUGCAUAGUUAUGUGUUUUAUGUCAUAUGUUCAAUAAUAGAUAUUCUCUUAUAAAUGGUCC